GAACGAUUUUCAAAAUGGCUGUUCGUAUACGACGACAAGGGACAAUUGUGGCUGGAGAAUUAAGAAACUUUCUUUUGACGGAGGAGAAAAAUCUAAAAAUUGGACUAAAAAAGUGAGAAAAGAAAACACAUCCUAAAUUUCAAAUUAAAUGAAAUGUGUAUAUUUAUCAACUGUGGAUGUCACAUAAAUGUAGCAAAUUGGAAAAAUUCCCACAUGAACGAGGAAAUUUGCGUCAGUAUGCACCUCCAUAUAUCGACGUGAGUUGCUACGAAAUUUCUCCCUUCGACCCGGGUUGAAAUUUCGAAGUUCGAAAUUUGCUACCGAAAAAUUGGCAACACUGAGUUCAAGUACGAAAAGACAAAAUGGCGAUUUUCGACAAAUGACUUGUGAAUGGGAGACGAGGACGACGUGAAUUUUUGUGCUGCGUUGGAGAAAAAAUUUUCUAUUUGCAAUAUUCAGAUUUAAAGUGAAUUUUUUGAAGAAAAUCAGUUUAUUUUAAUAAAUUAGUGUAUGUUUAAUGACUUCAAUAAGAAAAAGGUGCUUACUGACACAAAAAUAUCAUGAGCCAGCAUAUUGUAUGGUAUUUCAGGAACACAAUGAAUCCAUCAAGAGCAUAGGAUCGGAAGAUAAUGACGGACCCCUUGAUGAACAGAACGCAUCUGGCAGCGGUAGCGAUAGCUCAUCAGGCUCUGAUUCUGAUUCAGACAGUUCAACAUCAUCUUCUAACUCUAGCCGGAGACAUAGUUCGCCUGAUCGCGCUUCGCACGCUAGUGACCGAAGCUAUGAGAGCGGUGAUAAUGCGCAGGAUGGGCAUAACCAACAACAAACAAAAGCAGCAACUGAAAGUGGAUCAGCAGUGUCCGGUUUUCCACCCACAGCUGCCGCAGCGCAAGAGGAUACCAAAACUAAUGGUUACUCUGAUGACAACGAAUCCGACAGCGAUUCGAAUUCCGACACCAAUUCGGACAGCAAUGAAGACGAGGAUGACGAAAAUCACGAAGAAGAUGUUGCACACAAUGCUACUAACAACACAUCGGCAACAACAGCUAAUACCACCACAACCACGACCACAACAGAUAAUAAUACCUCAAAUACGACAAAUGACGGUAAUGAAGACUCACAAGAAGAAGACGGAAGCUGCGGUGAUGACGAUGGCGUUACGGGUAUAGCCGAUAAAAUGGCAAAAGCCAGGGCAUCAUCGAAGAUAGUAGCUCAAACAAAUGCUUUGCCUAAACAUAGCGCUGAAAGUGAGCAUAAUGUUGAAGAUGGUAACGAUGACGAUGAUGAUGACGAUGCUGAAGGCUCGGAUUCCGCUGAAUCUGGCGAAAAGAGUUCUGAUUCAUCCGCAGCAGAGUCACCGACUGCCAGCAGUAGUAGUAGUAGCGAGGACGAUGAAGAUGAUUACCAGCCAAAACGCAGUACGCGUACAGCAAGAAAGCCACAGGUUAUGCCAUCAAGUGAGAAAAGCUCAAAGAAACCCGUAAAAAAGCGGAAAAAGCAAAAUUGGGUUACAGACGAAAGUGAUGAAAGUGAUGCGGACAGCGAUAUAUCAGCGCCGAAGAGACGCAAAGCGAACACAAAGGCUGGGAAGGCAACACAGCGACGCGUGAAAAAGUCUUCCAAUUCCAGCGACGAGAGUGACGACGGAGAGGACAGUAAAAGGUUUGGUACACGACGUGCUGCGGCAGCCGUUAGCUACAAAGAGGCUUCUGAAGAUGAUAAAACAGAUUCGGAAGAUCUCUUAGAAGUCGAGUAUGACGAGAGUCAAGCAGCGGCUGCAGAGGAGGAGGAGAAGUGUGAGACCAUCGAACGUAUAUUGGCGAAACGCCAGGGCCGCAAAGGUUGUACAGGAAAUCAAACCACAAUCUAUGCCAUUGAAGAUAGUGGCGUAGAUCCCAAUGAUGGCGUCGAUGAGAACGAUUUAGAGAAUACUGAAACACAGUAUUUAAUCAAAUGGAAGGGUUGGUCGUAUAUACACAAUACUUGGGAGUCAGAGACUACUUUACGUGAGCAAAAAGUUAAAGGAAUGAAAAAGUUGGAUAAUUUUGUUAAGAAAGAACAAGAUAUAGAAUAUUGGCGGCGCUAUGCUGGCCCAGAAGAUAUCGAUUACUUUGAGUGCCAGUUAGAGUUACAAAACGAUUUGUUGAAAUCUUACAACAAUGUUGAUCGCAUUAUAGCACGCAAUGAAAAGCCAGAUGGCACUUCGGAAUACUUAUGCAAGUGGCAAUCCUUGCCAUAUGCCGAGGCUACAUGGGAAGAUGGCGCAUUAGUACAACGUAAAUGGCAACGUUGUGUUGAGCAAUAUGAAGAGCGCGAAAUAUCCAAAUGCACGCCAACGCGACAUUGUAAGGUUCUUAAGUAUCGUCCGAAAUUCUAUAAAAUACGCGAGCAACCUGAUUUCCUAUCAGAUGGUUUGACUUUGCGUGAUUACCAAAUGGAUGGUCUCAAUUGGUUAUUGCACUCAUGGUGUAAAGAGAAUUCCGUAAUACUUGCCGAUGAAAUGGGUCUUGGUAAAACCAUACAAACCAUUUGUUUUCUGUAUUCAUUAUUCAAAGUUCACCACUUGUAUGGGCCAUUUCUGUGUGUCGUGCCGCUAAGUACAAUGACAGCGUGGCAACGUGAAUUUGAUCUCUGGGCGCCCGAAAUGAAUGUGGUGACAUAUUUGGGUGAUGUGAAAUCUCGUGAAAUGCUACGCCAAUAUGAAUGGCAAUUUGAUGGCUCCAAAAGACUGAAAUUUAACUGCAUUCUUACAACAUAUGAGAUUGUGCUUAAGGAUAAGUUGUUCCUCGGCACCUUACAGUGGGCUGCUCUGCUGGUGGACGAGGCGCAUCGCCUCAAAAAUGAUGAUUCUCUCUUGUAUAAAUCUUUAAAAGAAUUCGAAACGAAUCAUCGUCUCUUGAUCACAGGCACACCACUGCAAAAUUCUCUCAAAGAAUUAUGGGCUUUGUUGCACUUCAUUAUGCCCGAUCGGUUUCUUACCUGGGAAGAAUUUGAAUUGCAACAUGGAAAUGCUGCUGAUAAGGGUUAUACCAAAUUACAUCAACAGCUCGAACCAUAUAUUUUACGUCGCGUGAAGAAAGACGUAGAGAAGUCCCUGCCGGCGAAAGUCGAACAAAUCUUACGUGUUGAGAUGACGUUAAUGCAAAAGCAAUACUACAAGUGGAUUUUGACGAAAAACUUCGAUGCUUUACGCAAAGGCAAGAAGGGUUCAACGUCCACUUUUUUGAAUAUAGUUAUCGAGUUGAAGAAGUGUUGUAAUCACGCAUCACUUAUACGGCCAUCCGAAUUCGAGUUGUUUGGGCUACAGCAAGAGGAGGCGUUGCAAACUUUACUGAAGGGUUCCGGCAAAUUGGUGCUACUCGACAAGUUGCUGUGUCGCCUGAAGGAGACCGGUCAUCGGGUGUUGAUUUUCUCGCAGAUGGUGCGCAUGCUGGACGUGCUGGCUGAUUAUCUGCAAAAACGGCAUUUCUCCUUUCAACGUCUCGACGGCAGCAUCAAAGGUGAAAUGCGUCGACAAGCUUUGGAUCACUUCAAUGCUGAAGGCAGCCAGGACUUUUGUUUCCUGUUAUCAACGCGUGCCGGUGGUUUGGGCAUCAAUUUGGCUACGGCCGAUACGGUUAUUAUCUUUGAUUCCGAUUGGAAUCCACAAAAUGAUUUACAAGCGCAGGCGCGUGCACAUCGAAUUGGACAAAAGAAUCAAGUGAACAUUUAUCGUUUGGUGACGGCGCGUUCGGUUGAGGAACAAAUUGUGGAGCGUGCGAAACAGAAGAUGGUGCUCGAUCAUUUGGUGAUACAACGCAUGGAUACAACAGGUCGUACGGUUUUGGAUAAAAGCGGUGCAAGCUCAUCGAAUGCUACACCAUUCAACAAGGAUGAUUUAUCGGAAAUUUUGAAAUUCGGUGCCGAAGAACUGUUUAAAGAUGAACAGGAGAAUGAUGAUGAAUUGGUAUGUGACAUCGAUGAAAUUUUGCGUCGUGCUGAAACGCGCAAUGAAGAUCCGGAAAUGCCUGGUGACGAUCUGUUGUCAGCGUUUAAAGUCGCUAGUAUAGCUACUUUUGAGGAGGAACCCAGUGAAACGACAAAAGAUGAUGACAAUCUGGGUGGUGGUGGUGAGGAGGAAGAUACCAAAGACUGGGAUGAUAUAAUACCCGAAGGUUUUCGCAAGAAAGUCGAAGAUCAAGAGCGGGCUAAAGAAAUGGAAGAUUUGUAUUUACCACCACGAAGAAAGACCGCGACGGCCAAUCAGGACUCCAAUAUGCCUGCAAAACGCGGUGGUAAGAAGGGUCCUCAGGAUGAGUCCGGUGCCGACUCAGACUAUGAUAUGGGCUCGGAUGCCAGCGCUGAGGACGGUCGACCAAAGAAACGUGGCCGACCGACGAAUAAAGAGAAAAUCAUCGGUUUUACUGAUGCCGAAAUCCGGCGGUUUAUUAAGUCGUAUAAGAAAUUCCCUGCGCCGCUUGAGCGUCUUGAAGCGAUCGCAUGUGAUGCUGAGCUGCAGGAGAAACCGUUGGCAGAGCUAAAGAGAAUCGGCGAAAUGUUGCAUGAUCGUUGUGUGCAAUUUCUCGAAGAACACAAGGAUGACCCGCCAGUAGUACCAAAAAAUCCAGCCGAUGAUACUGUUGCGGCAAAGCAGAGGCGCACACGUGCAACGUAUUCCGUUAAAUUAGGUGGCGUUUCCUUCAAUGCAAAAACAUUGUUAACCUGCGAAGAGGAACUAAAACCGCUAAACGAUAUCGUGCCGAGUGCGUCCAGUGAACGCUACAGUUGGCAGUUAAAUAUCAAAACUAGACCUGCGAAUUUCGACACAGAUUGGAGUGUCGAAGAGGACUCCAAGUUAUUAUGUGGCAUUUAUCAGUAUGGCAUCGGUUCAUGGGAACAAAUGAAAAUGGAUCCAAGUUUGAAACUGACCGAGAAGAUACUUUUCAACGAUGCGCGCAAGCCGCAAGCUAAGCACUUGCAAUCUAGAGCGGAAUAUCUGCUGAAAAUUAUUAAAAAGAAUGUUGAACUUAAGAAGGGUGUGCAACGUAAGCAACGUAAACCGCGUAAGCCAAGGGAAGCUAAAGUCAGCGGCAAUGGUGCCGGCUCUGCCACUGUACCGGUAACGCCUGAACGCAAGCCAAGACACAUAUCCGAGUCGCAUCUUGGUGACGACGCAUCACAAUCAGCGCACGAAGGUGUUGAACGUAAGCCGCGUGCACGCGAUAGUACAUCAAAGAGUGAAACCGUGGAAAACGAUGCGGCAGCGACUGUUGCAGAGUCUGCAGAUACUGCCCCAGCGUCAGCUACGAAGAAGAAAUCAAAACGUAGCACAGCUGGAAAGGAUGGUAAAACUGCCAGUCGCACAAAGAAAACCAGUGCAUCCGAAUCGACAGCGAAUAAUAAACCCAUGCAUUUUACAGCAAACAAUGAGCCACGUGCGCUGGAAGUGCUCGGUGAUUUGGAUCCGAAUGUUUUUAAUGAAUGCAAAGAGAAAAUGCGUCCAGUUAAGAAGGCAUUAAUUGCACUCGACCGACCCGACACCACGCUCUCCAGUCAAGAGCAGGUGCGACACACACGGGAAUGCCUGCUAUCGAUUGGUCGUCAAAUCGAUGUUUGCUUGGAGGCAUACAAGGAGCCCGAAAAGAAAGAAUGGCGUAGCAAUUUGUGGUAUUUCGUGUCGAAAUUUACCGAAUUCGAUGCGAAAAAACUUUUCAAACUUUACAAACACACACUGAAAAGUGUAGAAGAGGCUGGCGCAAGCAGUGUUGCAAGUGGUGGUGCAAGUGCGAAGGAGAAGAGUGCCAAAGCGAAUUCUCAAUCACCUAAAAAACGUACGCGUAACGAUGCUGUAAUGCAGCAAGAGAAUGGCGUAGCUGGGGGCAUUGAGACCAAGAAGAAGAAGAAGAAAGACAAAGAGAAAGAUAAAGAUAAGGCUAAAGAUAAGGAUAAGAGUCGUGAUAAAAAAGCGGACAAACAAGCCGGCGUAGGUACUGCAAGUGCGGACAAAUCAAAACGCAUACCAACUAUUGAUUCACCGGUUAAGCGGAAGCGAGACGAAAAUGAUGUCGGCGCUGUUGAUGGCAAAGGCAUGUCCUACAACAAACGUCAAAAUAUGGGUAUAAACAGAAACAGAGAACGGAACGAAGAGCGCGGUGCAAAUCGUCCAAGCGGUGGUUUGCCGCCUGGCGGCAAUAGUGAUCGUCGAAGUUCUAUGAAUACUUCACCAUCAACACCUAACAACCGCGGUAUGCAUGGUGGUAACCCUCGUCUGUCGUCUAAUGCGGCCGGUGCGCCAGUAACCGGAAGUGGAGGCUACAAUACCCCGGGCGGUGCUGCGAAUGACACGCGUAAUAUAUCUUCUCCGUACAUGGAUGGUAACGAGCGUUGGGCGGGACACGGUCGAGAUCGUUACGGCAACUCGGAUUACAAGCGUGAUCGUUACGACAGUUAUGGUGGCCGAGGUAGUAGCGGUAGUGGUGGUGGCGGUGGUUACCAUCGUGAUCAUCGCGACCGUGAUAGGGAUCGAAGACCUGAUAAGAGACGCUACCCUCCGCCACAUGCGCCGCCUCCCCUGCCAUAUGCCGGUUAUCACAUGCCACCCAAUUAUUACAUGGGCAAUGGUAGUUUGCCACCGGGCGCAGCGCCACCGCCACAUGGUCCAUACCGCGGCGAUCCGCGUUAUGCGUCAUCUGGCGAUUGGCCACGUGAAAGUCGAAUGGAUUUCCCGCCCGAUUACCGGCGAGGCGACUACGACCGUCGACCGCAAUCGUAAGCGCUGCCAAUUGUAUCACAAGCACCUAGCAACUGCUAUCAUUUUUGUACUGUGUUAUGAUCAUACCUUCUCGUCAUAUGUCUAUAGUUACUAUAAUGUUACAAACGCUAAGAUCAAGCCGAAAUUAUUGAAUAAGUGGAUGUAAAAAAUAUAUGAAUAAGUUAUUUUAAAUUAAAAAAAAAACACACAUAAUAUUUAUAAAUCUGUAAAAAGUUAAAUAGUCAUAGACUUAUUUAAGCACACCCGAUUCGGAGUACUCUUAUUUAAUAAUUCCAAAUUGGAAUUCAUAAAGGUAAAUAGUUUCAACUCUCUCAAAAAAUCUAAAAUUUAUCAAUACUGCAUUUUCAUGCGUAAAUACAUACAUUAGAAACAUAACGAUCUUUAGUCUUAUACAUAAACAACAAGUGGGUGAUGUAAAUUAAUAAAUUAAUUAAUUAGAAUCUUAAUGAUUAGUAUAUGAAAUCCAAUGUGUAUAAUGAAUUAGAGAAACUGCAUAAUUAUUUUGUAUUUAUAUAUGUAUAUUAAAUAGUAAGAAGUUUUAUUGUAGCUUUAAUUUCAUUCUACCCAUAUGCAUAUGAACACAUAUUACAUACAUACUAUUAUAUAUAACUAUAGCCAACUGAUUUAGUGUAUAUAUAUACAUACAUACAUACGUGUAUAUAGUUUAAAUGUAAGUUUAUAAGAAGAAAACAUUAAAAAAAACCAACCCAAAGCCACAAUUUGACAUACAUACAUACAACUGUAAUUAGAUAUGUCCAAAAGAAACUACAUAACCCAAUAAUUUUAAAAAUAAUUUCAACAAAUACUACAUAAUGUUAAGUAUCACAAUCGCAUAGAUAACGUAACAUAUAAAUUUUUUUUUUUAAAUAGUUUUGAUUUUUCGUUUGAUUCAAUUAUAGUCGCAUUGUUGUACCGCAUGUGAUUUAAAACCGAAAUUUAAACAAUGAAUAAAUAAAAGAACUUAAUUAGAACAUACAUUUUAAA